AUGGCUUGUUGCAAGAUAUAUCUAACGUUAUCAGCUCUAAUUACUUGUCACGUAAGUGCAAAUUACGAGUAUGAGCGUUCCAAGAGUUUGAGCUCAGACAGUACAUCGCAUCCUUGGUAUAAGCAAUAUGAGGUUUACGAGAAUGCCCCUUCGGAGAUUCAGCCUCAUUACAAUUUUCACGGAUUGACCAAAGAUCGACCUGCAGUUCGCCCCGGAGGCCCAUCCGAACCUUCCUCGAUCACCGCUAAGAAAGAACCCACCGAAGAGAAAAACUUGAAAAAGAUCCCGUUUUAUGCGUUCGCCAAUAAGGAUUCCACAAGAUACAAGGAGCUGACUCCUGAUUUGGGAAUCGCGCACUGUCAAGAGAUUAAGGUGACAUCAGCGGGUGAGAAGGACGACAAAAGGAAAGGCGUUACGACUUGUUACAAUUGCAAGGAUCCGAAAACUAAAUCCACAUACGAACGUUGUCUAUACAGUAGCCACCCGGAAGAGAGCACAUCCGCUAAUACGAGGAUUUGGUGCAACUUCAUAUUUGAACCUUUAAAUAUGAAGGGACAAUUUGUUUCUACUAUCAUUAACAUUACUAUUACAUGCCGUCGUAGGUCUAGUUUCGAAAGAAGCAAAGAUGAUUACGGGAGACUACGGAGUCCUUAUCGGUUCACGGAUGAAUAUUUCACUGAUGCCACUCGUGACGUGCCAGCCGCGUACGAAAACAAGGGAGAAAAAUGCGAUAAGGUCGUGAAAGAUUCCAUGGUGUGCAUGGUGUGCAAGGACGCUAAGACCAACGGCAAGUACGAGCAGUGCUCGUACGUGAAGAAGCCGCACGAGAAAGCUUACUCUUAUCUCAAAUCUAGUUCGUUCGGAAAACCACAGAGAGACGACGAAAGCGACGAAAGUUCCGAAACCCCUCAUUCCGAAGUCUCCGACGACGAGGGGUCCGAUGAGCAAAAAGAUCGUAGCCCGAGUACCGUACAGUCUCGUGAAUAUUUUUACCCCAGCACGGAUUACCCCGAGAAGGCUUCGACAGUGAACAAACGGGAUGAGGUGCGGGAUGAGGUGCAGGAUGCUCCUUCGGCGGACUGCAAACAGGUACAAAAGGACUCCAAGACCUGCACGGUGUGCAAAGACUCGAAAACGGGCGGUACAUACGAGAAGUGCACCUACAAUUAUCAACCCAGCGAUAAAUUAUAUAAAUACAGUAAAUCGAAAACCUUCGGAUAUCCGGGCGAGACCGCGGAUUCCACUAGCAAUUUGAACAAAACUCAAAAAUUGGAAAAACCGACGAAUUUUGAUUAUCCACAAAGUUCCGAUUCUGCGCACGAUUAUCUAGAUAAAUUGGAACCCUCUACUUAUCCAGGGAAAUCCGACAAAGAAGAGGCUCAACAAACCCCAGACGAUUCCGACGGCAUCCCUCACGGUUCACCCGACUACAGUAGCGAUUAUUCCAAUCCCGAGGAAUCGAGUGAUUACCGGUUUCCAUCGCGUAACAACGACCACGAAUCUUACGAGAGCCAGAAGACACCUUCCUCGAAACCAGUUUCGGAGCAUUACUCCGAAAACAUCAGCGCGGAUAAUUGCAAAACGGUUCAGAAGGAUUCAAUGACGUGCAAGGUGUGCAAGGAUCCGGAAACGGGCAACGACUUCGAACAAUGUUCGUACACGUAUCAGCCCAGCGAUAAGCUCUAUUCUUAUAGCAAAUCCAGCUCGUUCGGCAACCCGGAGAACGCUGAUAAACCCGAGCAAACGUCGCGCGAGGACGAGCACUCGUCGGAUAGUUCUGAGAGCCCGAAGAAGUCUUACGGCGAAUACGUUUCGGGACCGACUUACGAAGCUUCAACGACGGACGAGGCGAAGUCCGAGGAUAACGCGGAAGAGAAGAAGGGCGUGGACGCCGGGUACUUGGACACCGCGAAGAAGAAGGCCGAGAUCGAGGAGUUUAUGCAGAACUUCCGGAAGGAGGAUCGAUCGAAAUGUAAGAAGAUUAUGCGCGACAGAAUGACCUGCUACCAGUGCGUCGACGACGAGGGCUUUCAGAAAGAGGAAUGCGCGUUUGUCACCGGACACGAGCCCGACAAGGAUCAGCUCGCGUUUCACGAGACGAAGGAAUUUCAGGUUGAGGCCGCGCCGCGAGGUGCCCGCGACUCCAACAAGCCCACGGGCUCGAGGAAAACGAAGGCGGCGGAGUCCUUAGAGCCCAGCGCGUCCGCCAGUAGAAACACUUACGUUAGACUGGAGAAGCCGGACAACGAGUACCCUGACGAGGCGUCGCAAACGGCGGAGGAAACGAAGGGGGCCGAGCCGUAUGAUUACACGUCGGAAACAAGAGCUAAAUACGACAAGGUCCUCAGACUGACACUUCCGGCGUACAUGUUCUCCACUUCGGAGCACGAGGCGGCGUUUGACGAGAUCGUAGCUUCCAGCCACAAUCGACGCUAAAGUCGGCACCUUUAUCGCUUCUUCUUAUCCUUACGUAUAUAUCCGGUCGCCCUUUACCUACAAAUUGCAAAUUUCUCCGCGCGAGACGCCUCCACUCGAGCGUUUCCAUUGUAAUUGACAAUAUUAGCGUGUACUGUACCUCCGUUGUCUAGUUUAUAGCGUUUAGAAUUUAUUCGAAUACACGUGACUUGAUAUUUGUAAUUAAACGAAUCCCAUUCUGAGAUGCAAUGUGACCAUUCAGUUUACACAAUUACAGCUUGCUGAGACAUUGCAUCGUCAACUUAAUAUCGCGGCUACCGUAAUUAUUUCUAACUGAAACGCCUAACGGUGCCUGUCGCAAGCGGCAGCCCCGUAAGAAACAGACCUGGCGAUGCUUGCGAAAUAUUUAAAUUGUAAAAAUUCUGUGUGUGUCUAAAGUUUUCAAUUUUUCGUACAUAUACCUCUCCAUCCCCCACGUCUCGCUCGCACAAAAAUAUUCAAGGUAACGGCCAGUUUUUCUAAUUAUAUAAUAUUUUUAUUCGCGCGAUACAUCGGGAGUAUCUGUCGCGUGUGCGAGAGCCCCGUGAAGAAAAAAAAAUGAAGCGACUCGCGGUGAAAAUGAAUCGGCAAUUCCAGACUGGACUGCCUUUCCCCAGGGAGUUUUACCACCCUCUAUGGUGUACACAUUUCAAAUAUUGCGUGCACAGUGCGACGAUCUUUUCCGUUCGACGA